AAACACUUCCAAACAUAUGACGAGGUAAACAGAUACACGUUGGCUGCAGAGAUGUGACUGCUUAAAUGCAGUUGCUACGAAAUAUGUCACUCGGAUAAUGCAGAUGGAAACGGACGAAUACGAGUUCCACUACGUUAAAAAGGAGAGUGCAGAGGAGGAGGGCCGCGGCGGAAGACGGGGUCGGCGCAGUUCGGGCAGCUCCGUUGGCACUUCGGCGUCAGGCGGAGGAGGGCGCAGCAGCAGCGGCGGCAGUGGCAGUGGAAGCAAGCGGUGUGAUAUGCGAGCCAAGCUAGAGCGCAGCCGACAGAGUGCGCGCGAGUGCCGGGCACGCAAGAAGCUGCGCUACCAGUACCUUGAGGAAUUGGUGGCCGAUCGAGAGAAGGCCGUGCUGGUGCUGCGCCACGAGCUCGACAUGUACCGACAGUACUUCAAGGAGAUGGACCAGGGCAACAUUCCUGAGGCUGUGCUCGAAAUCCUAGAGAAGGAGCAAGAAGAGCGCGAGCAGCAAAUCCCUCAACAAGAGUGAUGCAGCAAAGCCUUGUGG